AUGUCCGGCUACUUCAUCUCACGAUCAAAGGGUUCUAUCAAUGAUAAACUCCAAAGAUGGUAUUCUAAAUAAAAAAAGACUGAAGUCAAGGGAAGAUGAUAUGCCGCUGAAAGAUGACUUGCAUAGUUGCAACAAUGCAGAUGAGGCCUCGAAAACGUACUACGACUUGUGCUCUAUAGAUGAAUCUUCAUCGAACAAGAAACAGAAAACCAACAGUAGAAAUUCUUUCUCUGUUCCCCGAAGCUGCUCUUUAGUGUCAACAGAUGCACCGUAUCAGGUGCAUGACUCUUCCUACUUCAAGAAUCCAAGGCAAGAAGAGAUUGACACGGAAGAGACUUCGAGCAAAAAUGGAGCCACCAAUUUACGAAUUUCUGGGGAUCAGACUAUUGGGGAAGAGUAAAAGCUCGUCAUUUAAUCUAUGAAUGCUCUGUACACAUUAGGAUGAGAGCUUUUCCCCUGUGAUUCUCUUGUAGAUAAGUACUUCAAUUCUGAAUACUUUUUUGUUUCCUCCUGUGUUCUUGAACAUGAACAUGUUCUGUCCUUGAGGACAAAAGGAACGUCUUAGGACCACGUUGAGAUAGAAAUCUGUGGUUAUUUUUUCUGUUUCUCACACCACAUAACCCGAUACAGUUUUUUGUUCCUUUGCUUUGUGUAAUUGCAUUUGAUAUGUUCUCUUUCAAUUUUCACAUAUAACGCUGGAGUUGGGGUAGUGAAA